UCCAAUGUCUUCUCCAUGUUCGAGCAGGCCCAGAUCCAGGAAUUCAAAGAGUCUUUGCAAGGGUCAACAUCUCUUCCUCUCCCUGUGCAUCCUGUCCUCCUCCUGUGCUUGCAGGCAUUCACCAUCAUGGAUCAGAACCGAGAUGGCUUCAUUGACAAGGCAGAUCUGAGAGACACAUUUGCUGCGCUCGGGCGCCUGAACGUCAAAAAUGAAGAGAUUGAUGAGAUGAUAAAGGAGGCACCUGGCCCAAUCAACUUCACUGUGUUCCUCACCAUGUUUGGGGAGAAACUCAAGGGUGCUGACCCGGAGGAGACAAUCCUGAAUGCAUUCAAGGUGUUUGAUCCAGAGGGCAAAGGCCUGAAAUCUGACUACAUCAAAGAAAUGCUGAUGACACAGGGCGAGAGGUUUUCCCAGGAAGAGGUCGAUCAGAUGUUCACAGCCUUCCCUCCAGACAUGUCUGGCAACCUGGAUUACAAAAACCUUGUCCAUGUCAUCACACACGGCGAAGAGAAGGACUAG